GAAGUCCAUUUGAGUAAACUCAUUAGCAAAGAUAAACUAUGAACUUUCCGUUGAAAGCGGCGCACGUCAGUGGCGCUGACGCUGAGGGAGAGGGUCCCAGUCAAACAAAUUCAAAAUUAUUUAAAAAAUUAUAGCAGUAGCAAUAGUAAUUGAUUUCACCACACUAACACAGUGGAUCAAAUCCCCGUAAAUUCAACUCCGAUCCGCAAUACCCAAACAAGAGGAGAGAGAAAGAGAGAGAGAAACCCGAUGAAGACGGUGUCGGAAUGGAUGGAUUCCUGUUCGAAAGAGCAGAUGCAGAUUUACCAGCAAUGGUUCAACUUGGCCGAUUCAGAUGGAGAUGGCCGUAUCACUGGCAACGAUGCUACCAAGUUCUUUGCUCUCUCCAACUUAUCCCGCCCUCAACUCAAGCAGGUCUGGGAUAUUGCCGCAAAUAAAAGACAAGGAUUUCUAGGUUUCGCGGAGUUUGUUACGGCAAUGCAGCUUGUCGCGUUGGCCCAGGCAGGAUAUGAUCUCAACUCGGAUAUCCUUAAAACUCAGAUUGACACUGAAAAUAUCAAACCUCCAGUCAUGGAAGGAACUGAUGCUUUAGUAGCAAAAACUCAGAGUUUAACAAUAAGUGGCCAACAUGAUGUAAAUGCGACUCAACUUCAGCCAUCUACUUCAUUCGUUUCAAAACCACCGGUAAAGAAAUUACCUCUGAAUGCAGUUACAUCAAUAAUUGAUGGCUUGAAGAGGUUAUAUGUCGAGAGGGUAAAGCCAUUGGAAGUCACUUAUCAAUUCAAUGAUUUUGUAUCUCCAUUAUUGACAAAUAGUGAUUUUGAUGCGAGACCAAUGGUCAUGCUUCUUGGACAAUAUUCUACAGGAAAAACAACAUUUAUCAAACAUUUGCUAAGAUGUGAUUAUCCAGGUGCACACAUUGGACCAGAGCCUACAACUGACAGAUUUGUUGCUGUCAUGUCUGGACCUGAUGAGAGGACUAUUCCUGGAAAUACCGUGGCUGUUGAUGCUAACAUGCCUUUUAGUGGAUUGACAACUUUUGGUGGUUCAUUCUUGUCAAAGUUCCAAUGCUCCCAAAUGCCACAUCCAUUGCUGGAUGAAAUAACAUUUAUCGACACUCCUGGUGUCCUCUCAGGAGAAAAGCAAAGGACUCAAAGAAGUUAUGACUUUACUGGGGUUAUAUCUUGGUUUGCUGCAAAAUGUGAUCUGAUUCUUCUUCUAUUUGAUCCUCAUAAACUUGACAUCAGUGAUGAAUUUAAACGCGUAAUAGCAUCUCUAAGAGGUCAUGAUGACAAGAUACGUGUGGUUUUGAAUAAGGCAGACCAAGUUGACACUCAACAACUUAUGAGAGUUUAUGGAGCAUUGAUGUGGUCAUUAGGAAAAGUUCUAAAUACUCCAGAAGUUGUGCGUGUAUAUAUUGGCUCAUUUAAUGAUAAGCCUAUGCAAGAAGGCUUUGUUGGACCGCUAGGACAAGAACUAUUUGAGAAGGAACAGAAUGAUCUCCUUGCAGAUUUGGUAGAUAUUCCAAGAAAGGCUUGUGACAGUCGGAUCAAUGAAUUUGUUAAACGUGCUAGAGCUGCUAAAAUGCAUGCAUAUAUAAUUAGCCAUCUUAAGAAGGAGAUGCCUGCAAUGAUGGGAAAAGCUAAGACCCAACAAAGGCUCAUCGAUAAUCUCGAAGAAGAAUUUAGAAAGGUUCAAAGGGAGUUUCAUCUACCAGCUGGUGAUUUUCCCAAUGUGGAGCACUUUAGAGAGGUUUUGAGUGGUUAUAGCAUUGACAGAUUUGAGAAACUGAAGCCCAAAAUGAUUCAAGCAGUAGAUGACAUGCUUGGAUAUGAAAUACCAGAGCUAUUAAAGAAAUUCAGAAAUCCUUAUGAUUGAAUUAUAAUAUAUCUUAAGGCUUAAGGCAUUUAAUUUUAUUUUAGAGAAAUUUGUAUGCUAUGUCAGCAAAUAGAAUUUAAGAAAAAUUCCAAAUCAUGAUAGGUAAUUAUCAUGUAAACUGUUAUGUAUUAACUUAUAGAUUAUUUCUCACAUUUUCAAAGUGGAUCAGUAGUUGAUAGUGGAAAGUUAUUUUGUAAUGUAAUUGCAUAAAGAAUUGUAUCCAUGGACUUGUCAUGAA